CACACACCAACAGACUUCGGUUCCCUAUGCCCCUGGAUGGUGACGGCGGAUUGGCAUCUCGGAAGCGAUGCGAGAGCGAUAAGGCUGGCGCCGGCCCGCGGAAACUGCAGGAACAUCGCUAGGUGUUGCCGCCACCGGGAAGCCGGGCUGCAGGAUGAGUAAGAGAUACUUACAGAAAGCAACAAAAGGAAAACUGCUAAUAAUAAUAUUCAUUGUAACCUUGUGGGGGAAAGUUGUAUCCAGUGCAAACCAUCAUAAAGCUCACCAUGUUAAAACGGGAACUUGCGAGGUGGUGGCACUCCACAGAUGCUGUAAUAAAAACAAGAUAGAAGAACGAUCACAGACAGUCAAGUGCUCCUGCUUCCCCGGGCAGGUGGCAGGCACCACACGAGCGGCUCCGUCUUGUGUGGAUGCAUCUAUAGUGGAACAGAAAUGGUGGUGUCAUAUGCAGCCAUGUUUGGAGGGAGAGGAGUGUAAAGUUCUUCCAGAUCGGAAAGGAUGGAGCUGUUCUUCUGGGAAUAAAGUGAAAACAACAAGGGUAACCCAUUAACCAAGGAUAAAUCAAGUGAUCCUCCAGGCAGAUUACAUUGAACAUAUGCAUAGAAAUUUAACUCUUGAGGUGAUCCUGAAGAUUUUUAUACUGCUCAGAAGAAGGGCUCCAGAGUCUAUUUCCAAGGGAUUCUAUGGCUCGUUACCAGCCUCUUCUUGAGAUCAAGACUUUAAAAAUGUCAAACAUGGACUUCUAUAUCAUAAAGACUUCAGAUUUGAACUGCGCUCCACUUGUAAAGUUGCUAAGGGAAUUUGAAGUUGCUGUCUGCAGAGCUGGUGGAGAGUGGGUGUUUACUGUGUGACG